CAUAAAGAUCAACCGACAAUCCCAGCAGUAUGCUCGCUCGCUCCUUUCGCUAGCUAUACUACGCCUAUAAAUUACAGGAGCGUGCACUUGCUGCCUCACCGAGCUCGUCGAUCACUUGAUAUUUUUCCACGACGGGCCGGGGCAUAUAUAUAAAGUAUAAACAUACACAUACAGAUAAUGGCUUCCUCUAGCCCUCAUCAUCGUGCAGCCGUCGUCGCCGGCGUGCUGCUGGUGGUGGCGGCCGCCCUGUGCUCCCGCGGCGCCAUGGCGCAGCUGACCGCGGACUACUACGACUGCACAUGCCCUGACGCCUACAACAUCGUGAAGAAUGUGCUCAUCGAGGCGCACAAGUCGGACGUGCGCAUCUACGCCAGCCUCACCCGCCUCCAUUUCCACGACUGCUUCGUCCAGGGCUGCGACGGCUCGGUGCUGUUGGACGCCUUGCCGGGGGUGGCCAACUCUACGGAGAAAUUGGCGCCGGCGAACAACAACUCGGCGCGGGGGUUCCCGGUGGUGGACAAAGUGAAGGCGGCGCUGGAGAACGCCUGCCCCGGCGUCGUCUCCUGCGCCGACAUCCUCGCCCUCGCCGCAGAGAUCUCCGUCGAGCUGUCCGGAGGCCCAAAGUGGAGCGUGCUUCUUGGGAGGCUAGACAGCAAGACGGCCAACUUCAAAAGCGCAGAGAACCUGCCGUCGCCCUUCGACAACCUCACCGUGCUGCAGCAAAAGUUCACCGCCGUCGGCCUUCACACCGUCGACCUCGUCGCCCUCUCAGGGGCUCACACAUUUGGCCGGGUGCAGUGCCAGUUCGUGACGAGCCGGCUGUACAACUUCAGCGGCACCGGCCGGCCGGACCCUACGCUCAACGGCGGCUACCGGGCGUUCCUGACCCAGAGGUGCCCUCUGAACGGCAACGGGUCAGCCCUGAACGACUUGGAUCCCACGACGCCCAACCUCUUCGACAACCACUACUACACCAACCUCGAGGUGAACCGAGGCUUCCUCAACUCCGAUCAGGAGCUCAAGUCCUCGCCGCCGGCGCAGGGCGUCACGGCGCCCAUCGUCGACCAGUUCGCCAGCAGCCAGGACGCCUUCUUCGACAACUUCGCGCAGUCCAUGAUCAACAUGGGCAACAUUCAGCCACUCACGGACCCCUCCAAGGGAGAAGUCCGCUGCAACUGCCGAGUGGCUAAUUAAUAUUAAUUAACACGACGAUAGCUGGAAAUGAUGGGUGAAUCGAUCACAUCAGCAAGAGUACUGAUGAUAUAUAUGGACUCUAUAUAUGAUGCACAUCGAUCAGCACCUCAUUUCGUAUUGCUGUCAACUUCAAUUCAUAGUUGUUUAUAAAUGUGCAAUAAAGAGGAACUCAAUUUCUCCUGCAAAAAAGAAGCAUAUAUCACUGUAUCGUCGGUUGCUUUGCAACAUCUAUAUAUAUGUUUUCUUUGUUAUAUA